UGUUGGCACGUGCUAGUGUGGAAUCCGCGGGCACGUUUCGAGAGUCAUCAGAUUUCCGUGCGUGCACUCGGCGACGAGUCGCUCCGCGAGGCGACGGCGGCCGCGGCGCUAUUUUUAGAAACCGCGCUGCAGCAGCGGAAUCAAUCACAAUCGGCUAAAAACGGCACAUUCAUGACACUCUGCUGCUUUUAGAGAUGCAAUCUCCUCAGAUUGGUUUCCGCGCUCGCUGGAUUACGGGACGAACCGUUGCGUUUCUGCCAGUUUGAGCUCAGCUGAUGCCAAACGAUGCCUUUCUCCCUCCUGCUCUCCAGGAACCGGUGGACUGCAAACUUUUGCACCAUGGGAUCCGCUACACUUUAUAGCAACAGUGGCUGCGGUGCUUCUGGGACCACAUGUAGUUUUAGCUCCUUUGACAGUCUCCGAAUUUCCAAAGAGCUCCACAGUUUGUGAUGCGAGGGAGAAUCGUAAUUGAUGAAAAAGGAGCCAGAAGCCUGACACCCGGGAGCUCUUCUCACUUCUAUUAAUUGUAUGCGCGUUUUUGCCGGCUCUUAUGGGAAUUAGACACUCGUCCCGCUGCAUGCUCCUCAGGAGAAAAAUGGCGGAGUCUGAGGGCACUGAGCAACCGCAGGUGCAGCCGCAGCCAAUCCGCAUCAUUCCAUCCCAGUCGGCUCAGCCCACCUCGCUGCCCAAGCCCGUGCCUUGCGUCCAGCCCGCCCCGCGGCCUCCUCUCCCGCCCCACACGCCACAUGCCGCCAGCCUUCCCAGCUGCCCGGGCCGGGGCAAGAUGGCCAAGUUCCUCACCCCGGAGGAGAUGACCUCACGAGACUAUUACUUCGACUCCUACGCCCAUUUUGGAAUCCACGAGGAGAUGCUGAAGGAUGAGGUGAGGACGCUCACCUACAGGAACUCCAUGUACCACAACAAGCACAUCUUCAAGGACAAAAUCGUGCUGGACGUGGGAAGCGGCACCGGCAUCCUGUCCAUGUUCGCGGCGAAGGCCGGGGCCAAGCAUGUGUACGGGAUCGAAUGCUCCAGCAUAUCCGAGUACUCGGAGAGGAUCAUCAAGUCCAACCACCUGGACAGCGUGAUCACCAUCUUCAGAGGCAAAGUGGAGGAGGUGGAGCUUCCUGUGGAGAAGGUUGACAUCAUCAUAUCUGAGUGGAUGGGCUACUGCCUCUUCUAUGAAUCAAUGCUCAACACCGUCAUCUUCGCCCGAGACAAGUGGCUGAAACCCGGCGGAUUAAUGUUCCCCGACCGAGCCUCUCUGUACGUGGUGGCCAUAGAGGACCGGCAGUACAAAGACUUCAAAAUACACUGGUGGGAGAACGUGUACGGCUUCGACAUGACCUGCAUCCGCAACGUGGCCAUGAAGGAGCCACUGGUGGACGUGGUGGACCCCAAACAGGUGGUGACCAACUCCUGCCUGGUCAAGGAGGUGGACAUCUACACAGUGAAGACCGAGGACCUGUCCUUCUCCUCAGCCUUCUGUCUCCAGAUCCAGAGGAACGACUACAUCCACGCGCUGGUCACCUACUUCAACAUCGAGUUCACCAAGUGUCACAAGAAAACGGGUUUCUCCACUGCUCCAGACGCUCCCUACACCCACUGGAAGCAGACCGUUUUUUACCUGGAGGACUACUUGACGGUGCGGAGGGGCGAGGAGAUGAUCGGCAGUAUCGCUAUGAAGCCCAACGAGAAGAACGUGCGCGACCUGGACUUCACCUUCGAGCUGGAUUUCAAAGGGCAGCUGUGUGAAGCAGCCAUAUCUCAUGACUACAAGAUGCGUUAAACUUGACUAGGAAGAGGGUGUGGGGGGCUUUGGUGACGCAGCCAGUGCGACCCAUGACCACUAGGGGGAGACAGAGGGUCUCCCGUAUCCACAGAGUGCAGACGAGGACCGACGAGGAGACACCACGCCAAAGAUCCACAGCAACCGAUCAGAGGAAGCCCCCACUGUCUUCACAGUGAACAAUGGCAGGAAGCUGCUGACGCUGACUGUUACACAAUUCUGAAUGUAACACCGACAGAGUCAGGAAUAUUCUUCAGUCUUGAUGAAUGUUGACUAUUGAUGUGUUUAUGUGAGAUGGAGUGAUGUAGCCGUGUUCUUGUUCUCCCACAAUUACUUGGACCUAGCGGAGGAGUCGCUGCCACUUUUCCAAAUGCAGCCAAGCUAAUUCUGUUAUAAAUAGACAAAUAAAUUCAAGGUGUAGUUCUUAUGUCACGUCCUGUAACGUAGCGAGUGAUUAUCGAAGACCACAUUUACUUUGUGUCUGUGCUCGUUGAGACAUGGGGGAGUUCAUCUGACCACAGCAGCCAAGGAGACGCUUGUGUAGGUACAUGUGCAGUAUGUGUCAUGUGAGGGGUAACGUGUUGUCAGUGUUCUAGUUGCUUUGUGUGCCUGUGUAAUACAAGUCGUUGAAGCUCACACUUUUGCACAGACUGGACUCCAGAUGUGCCCUGUGCUGUGAUGUUGACAUGCCAAUAACGCCAACAUUCCCCUUCCUCAAUGCCUUGACCAAGUACCGAAGUGUAUCUAGUCCUUCUGCACACUACCAGUUCAUUUCUAGAGUCACAGUCAUUUGAUUGGCUUGAGACGGAGUGAGGUUUAAAACAUGGACAGAGCACUAUUCACGCCACACACACGUUUAGCUUUAUCUAGUGACAUUCAGACCCCGAAGAGACUUGUGGAAACAGUCUUUCCCCUUCACAUGUGCGCUUCCUGGGCUCAUUGCCAAGGAAACCACUGGAGGGUUUCCUUCAGUCAGUCGCUGAAACCAAACUCCACUGUAUUUACUCAUGGAGCAUGCAGCCACUGCAACGCGCUGCCGUCUGAGAGCACACACUUUCAUUGCAUCUUUCACCCGGUGUCUUUUACUGACAAAACUAAGCAAUACACUAUUAUGAGUUGUUAAUACUUUGUCAUUUAUAUACAUAAGUAAUGAAUUCAUUUAGAGCAACUGAAUGAACACAAACCUAAUUCCUAUAUCAUGAAGUCAUAAUAGUUCUAAUAAAUUGGCAUGUUAAUUCCACGUGUAUUACUUAUACUGAAUAUGUUGCUUCAAAUAGCGUUAUGUCAAGUACAGAAAAUGUAAUAAACAGCAAUGUCCAAACUCAGCCACCAGA